AUGCCUUCAAGCGACGUACCCAAGCGCAAAGCCUCUGAUGCUCCUGUUUCUCCGCCGCCCCUCAAGCGCAAACUCCAGAGCGGCACAACCACAAACUUCUUUAAGCCAGCAUCGCAGAAACCGAAGGAUCCUACUGUCUGGUCGGAGCGAAGCCCCAAUGACGAUACCCCCGCGACGCUCCUGGUCGGUCGAUUCGAUGGAGUCAAGGAAGAUAGAACAAUAAAGAGGAGGAAGAUUGCGGCUUUUGAUCUAGACUCGACACUCAUCUCCACAGCCUCAGGCAAGAAACAUGCAAGCAGCGGAACAGAUUGGAAAUGGUGGGACAACUCGGUCCCCGCCAAACUUCGAGAGCUGUAUCAAGAUGGAUAUCGAGUCGUCAUCUUGUCGAACCAGGCAGGGUUGACGCUACACUUCGACCCCAAGUCCAAGGCCCCCAAAGCCACUGCGCAGAAACGAGUUUCCGAAUUUAAACAGAAAUGCAGCGCCGUCCUCAAUAGUUUGAACCUUCCGACAUGCGUCUACGCGGCGACCGAGCACGAUAUAUAUCGAAAACCGAGAACAGGCAUGUGGAAGGAGCUCUGCGACGACUACGACAUCUCGGAAACCGAGAUCGAUCUGGGGAACAGCGUAUUCGUCGGCGAUGCAGGGGGUCGCACCGCGACGUUGGGGAAAGGCCCAGACGGCGUAGCGGCCGCAGCCAAAGACUUUAGCUGCUCGGACAGAAACUUUGCGCACAACGUAGGAAUACGGUAUCAGACGCCGGAGGAGUUCUUUCUCGGGCAGAAGCCUCGGAGUUUCGCUCGUGAAUUCGACUUGUCCGAGCAUCCCUUCGUCGACGAUGCUGAAUCGGGGAACUCCGUGGUGACCUUUGACAGGACCAACGACAGGGACAUCAUCUUAUUCUGUGGGCCACCCGGGGCUGGCAAGUCGACGUUUUACUGGAAAUCCCUCAAGCCUCUGGGGUACGAGCGCAUCAACCAGGACCAGCUCAAGACACGCGACAAGUGCGUGCAGGCGGCGAGGGAGCAUCUCCAAGCGGGACUACCCCAUUACCCACCCACACCACAACCACAACCACCCCCUCACGCGCUAACGUGGGUUCCCUUUGCAGAUAAUACCAAUGCCGAUCCAGACACCAGGACUGUUUGGGUAGAGCUUGCCAAGAAAUUCGGCAUCUCUAUCCGUUGCGUGUGGUUCAAAACUCCUCUCCAAGUCUGCGAACACAACAAUGCUGUGCGGGCGCUAAACACGACAUUGAACCCCGAGUCAAGACAGAUCUUACCCAAGAUGGCCUUUACAGGUUUCGCGAGCAGGUUUAAACCGCCGCAGAUGAAGGAGGGUUUCCAGGACAUUACGGAGGUGCAGUUCCAGUUCCGUGGUUCGCAGGAUGAGUACAAGAUCUGGGGUCGAUACUGGACGUGA